CAGAGCUCAAACGAAACUUGCCGUAAGAACACAAGCCAAUUAACAAACAAAAAAUUCCAUUUUCCAUCAAAAAACUUCUAUGUUCAAAAAUGGCAGCUUCAAGAAAAAUAUUCCACAGUAAGCCAGGCUACAGCUUUCCUAUAGACGCUUCCACCAUUGAUAACACUCAUCUCGUUUUCGAAUUCGAUGAAGCUGAUUUGUUGAAAUUACCAUCAAACGAUCAUCAUCAUCAGUCAUCGAAUAGCGCCACCGUGCUGGAGCUGUCGAGAUCGGCAAAAGGAAUAACCAGUUCUCGUUCGUCUAAGAAGCUUCUUGCGAAUGUGCACGUGGCGUCCACUUCAUUACCGGUGAACAUUCCGGACUGGUCGAAGAUUCUGAAAGAGGAGUAUAGAGAACACGGGAAGAGUGUUGAAGGAGGAGACGAUCGUGAAAACGGCAUCAAUAAAAACGACGACGACGAAGAAUUCUGCAGCUGGGUUCCGCCUCACGAGUUUUUAGCGAUGAGGAGGGGGGCUUCGUUUUCCGUUCAUGAAGGAAUCGGGAGGACUUUGAAAGGAAGAGACUUGCGUCGGGUCAGAAAUGCGAUCUUGAAGAAAGUUGGGUUCGAAGAUGACAGCAUUGAAGAUAAUUAUUAGCUUUUCAUGGCAAAAAUUUUGAUAAUAUUAUAGAUUUUCUAUGGAUAAUUAAUAUAUAAUCCUCUGAUUUGUGAUGUUAUCUAUAUAAAAUCAGAGGAUAAUUUUCUGAUGUAAUCAACUUUUUAUGAGACCAGAAAAAUCCGGAUGUCAAUAUUCCGAUAACCA